GUGUAUUAACAUAAGAACAGAGGCAGAGGCGCUGACACCUUCUGGCCCGCGGGUCCCCGCCCUCGAACCUUGACCCUCGUCCGCGGCUGCGCUGCUACUCUGCCCCGAGCGCUAGCACUUUGCUCGGCCGCGCUCGCUCAUGACGACGUCGCCGAGGGCGUUGCGCGCCUACGGGCUGCAGCCGGUGGACCUGCUGUCUGCGCUGGAGGACCAGGAGCGCCAGCACCAACAACGACAGCAGCAACAGCAACAACAGAGCCGGCAUGCAAGGAGCACCGAUAACAGCAGGCAUGCUGUCAACAUCUGGCGGCCCGACAGUAGUUACGACGACAUCGACGGCGUUGGCAGCCCGGCCGCGGGCCGCGGUGCCCUGCUGCAAGUGCCGCUGCUGCACCCGGUGGGGGUAGUGGGGACUAUUGGGGGCGCCGCUGACGCCAUCGCCUCAUCCACACGGCUGCCACCCUCGCCACCCCCACACUCUCGGGACUUGACGGCAGCAGCUCCACCACAGCAGCAGCAUACGGGUUGCAGUGGCGGUGGCAGCGGCAGUGGUAGUGGCAGUGGCGCCGGCGGCGGCGGCGGUGGCUUGAGCUUUGGGUUUGGCCCCAUGGCGGCGGCAGCGGCGGUGCUGCGCAGGCUCACGCCACGCCUGGUCAUCCCCCGUCUCACCACCAUCAUGCCCCAACUGCCCAACGCUGCUACAGCCCCCGCCGCCGCUGCCCCGGCGGCGGCGCCGCCGCCUCCUGGCCAGCAGGCAGCGGCGGCGGCGCCGCCACAGCGGGGCCCGCGCGCUACAGCCCUUCAGGCGGCGGUGGCGGCGGCGAUGAUGGAGGAGCAGCAGCGGGAGCGGCAGCGCCGCGGCGCCAGCCGCUCACCCUCCCCGUCGCUGCAGUCGUCGCCGACGGCUGUAGCAACAGUAGCAUCAAGCGGAACGCCGACACCAGCGCAGCGGUCCCCAUUCGCGGCGGCUGCAGCAGGAACAACAGCAGGUGUUGCAGCGGCAGUAGCGCCAGCACCGCCGCCGCCUCUUGCAGCGCUGCGGCUGGUGGCGCGGCCGCCACCGCCGCCGUCACCCGUCGCGGCGGCGGCGCCGGCGGCGCUCCCAACACCGCCGCCGCCGCCGUCGCCGUCGCCGCCGCCGCCGCCGCCAGCCGACGCCGGCGGCGCAGUGGCGGAGGCGAGGGAGGAGCACAGCCCGCCGCACUCCCGCGACAGCCUCCUGCCGCCUGCUGCUGCUACAGCUGCUACAGCUGCUACAGCUGCCUCUCCCUCAGCCUCCAACCCGGCUUCAACGUCUCCCAACCAACCCCAGCCACUGCCCCCAAGUGCUGCUGCUGCUGAUGCUUGGGCCAGUCGUACUGCUGCGCGCGGCUACUCCGCCGCCGCCGCCGCCGCCGCCGCGCCGCCGCCGCCGUACCGCUCGCCCUUGCUCGCCUCCCCAUUUGCAGCCGCAGCCACCAGCGGCGCCGCAGGCACUUCUGCUGCUGCUGAUGCGGCGGGUUUGGGAGGUGGACAGAAGCAGCAGCAGCAGCAGCAGCAGCAGCAGCAGCAGCAGCAGCAGCAGCAACAGCAGCAGCAGCACCUGCGGGCACCGGCUGGCAUACACGAAGGUGGUGGUGGUGGGGGCGGUGGCGGCGGCGGUGUUGUCAGCAGCAGCAGCAGUGGCGGCAGCAGCACGUGGCAGCUGCCGCCGUCGGCCUUCGCCACGCCGAGGGCUGGCAGCGCCGCCAGCAGCAGCACACCCGGGACGCCGCAGCACCAGCUACAGCCGCAGCCGCAGCAGCAGCAGCACCAGCAGCAGCAGCAGCACUCAGGCGUGCCGCUACUGCCAUCCCAGACACAGCAGUACUUACAGCACCACCACCAGCACCAGCACGGGCAGCAGCAGCAGCAGAUGCAGCAGCAGCAGCAGCUACAGCUGCCGCAGGGGCCCGGUGAUGCAGGCUGCAGCGCUGCUGCAGCGGCUGCUACAGCCGGUGGUGGCGGGGGCGGCGGCAGAGCCGGCGGCAGCCACAUGUGGGGCGGCGGUGGCGGCGGCAGUAGCAGCAGCAGCCGCAGCAGCUGCUACAGCUUCCUCGCAUCCUAUCUCGUGGAUUGGCUGCUGGCGGCGGGCGUGUUUGCGAUUGCUAUGACUGUACCGCUGAAGGCCAUCCCUGUCAUCAACCGCCAUGCCGCCCCUGGGGAUCCGGCGCUGUCGUACCCGUACCGCCACGACACCGUGCCCACGGCGGCGCUGGCGGCGCUGGUGGUGGCGGCGCCGGCGGCGGUGUUCGCGGCGGCGGCGGCGUGGGAGUGGAGCCUGGCGCUACUGCACCACGGGCUGUUGUCGCUGGCCGAAGCGCUGUCGCUGUUCCUGCUGUUCAAACAGAGCAUCAACAUCGUGGGCGUGUACCGGCCCGACUGGUACGCGGGUCUGGCCUCAGGCGACGCCGCUGCCCCCAGUGACGGCCGCCGCGCCUAUCCCUCCGGACACGCCGGCCUCAGCGCCGCCGCCGCCGCACUGACGGCGGCAUUCCUGGUCGGGCAGUGGCGGCUGGUGGCGGAGGGCGGCGGCGGCGGCGGCGGACGCAAGCCGGCGCUGUUUGCCCGCGCGCUGCUGUGUGUGGUGCUGCCGGCGGGUGCGGCCGCCUUCGUGGGCGCCAGUCGCGUGGCGGACUACCGGCACGCAUCUGCAGACGUGAAUGCCGGGGCGGGGCUGGGGCUGCUGUGCGGUCUGGGCUGCUACCUCCUCAACUUCCACAGCCCGCUGGGGCGCCGUGCAGGCGAGCCGCGGCUGCAUGACGGCGAGGACGGCUGUAGCAGCGGCUACCGCGGCUGCUGGCACGACGGCAGUAGCAGCUGCUGGGCCGGCGGCAGUAGCCGUGGGGUCGCAGGCUCGCGCCGCCACUACAGGCAUCACCACCCGGACCACCUACCCGGCAACUGGCAGCGGCCACCACCCCAGCUGUCGCUGCAGCAACAGCAACAGCAGCAACGUGAGGAGGAGGAACAGGAGGAGGAAGCUGCAGGGUGCCGUGUCGGCUUGGAAGAUUUGGAUUUGGAUUUGGAGGGGGGUGCCGUGGGCGGCGUGGCGGGCAGGGCGGUCGGCGAGCGCGGCGCCGUCUGCAGCAACGGACGCGGGCCCGGCGCCAGCGAGGGUCAAGAGGAGGCUGGUGUAGGAGCGCGGAGGCGUGGAGUUGGGGGAGGCGGAGGCGGGGAUUGGCGAGCGCUCGGGCGGUGGUGGUGGCAGUGGCGGCCUCACGUGUGAGUGCGUGCUAGGCGUGUCGGGCCAGUAGGGGAGGGGUGGACACUCAGGUUGGAAAUUCCAAUGGCAGGCAGCUGGAGUUGCCAAAAUUCGUGUUAGAGCUAC